UCUCCCCCAUCGUCACUCGGCUCGUUUAGUCUAGUUAAAAUGGCGAUCUUCAUGUAGGGGUCGAGUGCGAUUCCCUGUCACAUUUUCAUAAUUUUUAGAGAGUUUAUUUUCUUGUCUUCCUUGUUAGCUUUGCUGUCAGUAUGUUCCCAAACACAGUUCUGAGGACCAUCUUCAAAUCUUCAGCUGGUGUUUUACGAGAGAGCGGCCAUCUGUGCUUUGCGGCGUCAGUGAAACCGUGGACAUGCAGCUCGGUUCUAUUAUCAGGUUCUACUGUUGGCUCUGUUGCAGGGAGCUUUGCUGUUCCCCCACCAGUGAGACAUUAUACUGUAAAGAAGAAGCAGGAAGAGCUUCAGAGCCAGCUCAGUGAUCUUCCUCCAGAAAUGUUGAAGAUGGGUUAUUCAGCCGUACCCAUCGCUCAAAUGACUGAUGAUGUUGUCAAAAAACUUCUUUCGUUGGAGUUAGCAAGUAAUAGUGAAAAGCUGCAGCUGAAAAAGGAACAACUGAUUGCAAAAGUCCAAAGGGAUGAGAAUGACCGCAGCUCCAUGGAAGUCCAGGUGGCUAUUUUGACAGCAAGAAUCCGAAACUAUCAGGAGCACGUGCAAAAACAUCACAAGGACAAAGCUAACAAGAGGCGCAUGCUCAUGGCUAUUGACCGAAGGAAAAAGCUUCUGAAACACCUUAGAUUGCUUCACUAUGAUGCCUUUGAGAAAGUGUGUGAGCAGCUAGGCAUCACCUACACCUUCCCCCCAGAGUACUACAGACGGGCCACUCGCCGCUGGCUGGCCAAGAAAGCCUUCUGCAUUAAGGUCUUCAAAGAAGUGCAGAAGCAGAAAGCAGAGCAGAGGCUGAGGCAAAGUUUAGCCUCCACAGAGAUGGAGGCAGCCAAGAGAGAAACUGCUAAGACUGAAUGAAAGACAGUAAUACUGUAUAAUAUAGCAGAUUCUAAUUGAUUGUCUUGACCAGUGUCUUUACUUCUAAACCUUUAGAUGGGGUUAAUGAGGCAUGUGGAUAAACUCUCUUACCAUUCCACCAUAUUUGCUUUUGCUUUUAGGCUGAUAUCAGAAUUGUCUGAAAAUGUUUGAGUUAAAUGGAAUAAAGUGACCCAGAAAGCAUUGUUUAAAUUAA